GGAGACAGCUGUAUAUAAGACCAGCAGGUCAGAGGAGAGUAUCAUAGAUCUGAGCGUCUCCAGUCUUCCUCUAAGGACCAUCUUUUCUUCUACCGUCGUACUUUAACCUGAAGUGGUCCAACAUGUCUUCAAGCUGUGGUGCUGUGUGUCUGCUGGUCUUGCUGGGAGUUGUCUUUGCAAUUGGGAAUCCGAUCCAACCUAACGAUGAGGAGCUGAAGAACAUCCACGAGUCCAUCGUAAACGAGCUGGACCUGAAGAAGGCGGGGAUCAGCCAACGUCCUCUCUUCAGUCCUGUCAUCAACAGCAUCAACACGCCCUGCCAGAGAAAAGAAGAUGUCCAGCUCAUGAACGUCACUCUGGACGUCUACCUGCGGAUCUUCUCCAACAUCUUGGAGCCCAGCAACAACCCCGAGACCCCAACCCUGCUGGCCCACGUGCCAAACCGGUCUCAUGUGGAGCAGCAGCUGAGGAAGCUCCAGCAGAAGAUGGAGGAGAUGAAACAACGCCUGAACCACCAGAGCCACCACAACAGAGACGAGAUGAUCCACAGGCUGCAAAGGAUAAAGGUGGACGACCCCGAGGUCCAGAAGAGGGCUCUGAUUCAGUUCAGUGAGAUCUACCGGGUGGCGUCUGUGAUUGGCCGAAGAUGUGGCCCCGCCCACGCCUCCUCUGCUGAAUGAUCCAGAGAAUCAACAGUUCUGAUUGAACGUGUUUGUUAUCACUGAGUCAUGUUUACACAUCAGUCUAAGUCAGUCUUAUACAGUUUCUGUUCAUGAUAAUUUAAUUUAAUUUAUGCUUAAUUUAAUUUAAGUUAUUGUUGUGUUUGAAUAUGUUUGUUUGAA